AUGUCCAACAUCGCGAUGGUGCGUGCUGUUCCUCCUCCAUCGUCGUCGUGUGACAGUGACACCUACCUGCUGUUCCAUGGCGAAACUCUGCUUUCCAACGGCGUCCGCGCCUCCCUCUACACCGUCGCGCUCGCGUACUGCUUCAUCGGGCUGUCCGCGAUCACCGCCCGGUUCUUCAAAUCCAUGGAGCAGAUCAUGAGGCACUCCCGGGAAGUGGUGGUCGGCGUCGACCCGCACACCAAGGCGCCUGUCGUGAAGCACGAGAAGGUGUGGAACUACGCCGUGGCGGACAUUGCUCUGCUUGCAUUCGGCACCAGUUUUCCUCAGAUCUCCCUGGCCACCAUCGAUGCGAUCCGUAAUCUGGGUCAACUGACAGCAGGAGGUCUGGGUCCUGGCACACUUGUUGGUUCUGCGGCGUUUGAUCUGUUUCCAAUCCAUGCUGUCUGUGUGGUUAUGCCAAGGGCAGGGUCUAAGAAAAAGAUCUCUGACUUGGGUGUUUGGUUAGUUGAGCUCGUCUGGUCUUUCUGGGCAUAUAUUUGGCUCUAUGUUAUCUUAGAGGUGUGGACACCUAAAGUGAUCACCCUCUGGGAGGCAUUGCUGACAGUCUUGCAGUAUGGGUUGCUUCUGCUUCAUGCGUAUGCACAGGAUAAACGGUGGCCAUUUGUAUCGAUUCCAUUUGUGAGAGGUGAGAGGCCUGAAGAUUGGGUUCCACCAGAAGAUGUUUCUGUUGAUUACCACAACUGUGAUGGCAUUAGUGAGACACUCCCUAUAAAUGCUGAUUGGAAUGAUGGCAUUGUAGACGUAUUCUCUGGACAUUCCUACCACAAUGCAGAGUACAGUCAAGUUCCACAAAAGGAUAUGGAAGGAUCGUCAACAAUCGAUCAAGUUGUAAAGAACACACAAGAGGAUAUGUCCUGGCUUUCUAUUUGGUGGCAACAAUUUGUUGAUGCUUCAAUGUUGGAGAGCCCUGAGUCAAGGAAGAUGGAUUCUGCUUGCCUGAGGUUCACCAGAAUAUUUUGGAACUUGAUCAUUGUGCCUUGGAAAUUCUUGUUUGCUUUUGUGCCCCCAUACCACAUUGCACAUGGCUGGAUUGCUUUUAUAUGCUCACUGGUCUUCAUAAGUGGUAUUGCUUAUGGCGUUACUAAGCUUACAGAUCAGAUAAGCUGCGUCACAGGAGUAAGUCCAUAUGUUAUUGCAUUCACAGCACUGGCUGCUGGAACCUCAUGGCCAGAUCUAGUUGCCAGCAAGAUAGCUGCUGAGCGUCAAGUCACUGCAGACUCUGCAAUAGCCAACAUCACCUGCAGUAACUCGGUGAACAUAUAUGUUGGCAUUGGUGUUCCAUUUUUGAUUGACACAGUGUACAACUUCUUCGUUUAUCAGGAACCAUUGUACAUAGAUAAUGCUGCUGGUCUCAGCUUCUCCCUUCUAGUCUUCUUUGCGACAUCAUUUGGAUGUAUAACGGUUUUGGUUCUGCGCCGCAUUAUACUCGGCGCUGAGCUUGGCGGCCCUAGGCUAUGGGCUUGGGUUACAUCAGUCUACUUCAUGAUCCUUUGGGUUGUUUUUGUUGUAUUUUCCUCUUUAAGAGUUUCAGGAAUAAUAUAA